AGAACUUUACGCAAGCACCAUGUCUGACCCUCGUGCAACCAUAGCAGAAGCAGAAAAGUUGUUAAAGCCCCAACUGGGAUUCUUACUGUUUAUAUCUGGAUCUUCUCAAUCCUAUAGAUUAGAAGAGGCCAGCGACUUAUUUGUUCAGGCUGGUAAUCAAUACAGAUUAAUAAAGGACUAUGACCUGGCUGGUAAACAGUUUGUAAGAGCUGCCAAUAUCCAGAAACAACUUAACAAUCACAACGAUGUGGCCAACCACUUGGUUGAAGCCUACAAGUGUUUCAAAGGAGUUUCACCCACCGAAGCCAUUGAUUCAUUGAGUCAAGCAAUCCACAUUUUCUUAACACAAAAUGGGCAAUUUAGAAGAGCUGCUAACUUCACAAUGGACUUGGCCGAACUUUACGAGUCUACAGGGGAUAUAGCCAAUUCAUCUAAGAGUUAUGAACAAGCCGGUGAUUAUUUUGACACUGAUCAUGCUGAAGCUUUAUCCAAUAAAGCCUACUUGAAGUGUGCUGAUUUGACUAGUUUAUCUGGUGACUACCAGAAAGCUGUCGAACUUUAUGAUGGUAUCAUUAAGAAACUGGUAGGCAAUGCUUUGUCGAAGUGGAAUUUGAAGGACUACUUCUUCAAAUCAAUUUUGUGUACGUUGUGCAUGGAUGAUGUGAUUGAGGCACACAAGAAGUUGGAUCAUUAUUGUCAAGAAGAGCCUUCAUUCGAGUCGACCCGUGAGUUUAAAUUAAUUGGAAGUAUUUUAGAGGCCAUCGACCAAGGUGAUGAACAAUUGUUUGCUGACAAGGUGUUUGAGUAUGACCAAUUCAGCAAAUUAGAUAAGUUGAAAACACAAUUGUUAUUGAAGAUCAAAAACAGCGUGGUGGACAAGGAUGAUGAUGACUUAUUAUGAUUACAUAUUGAAUUUAAGCGUACUAUUAAAACUUACGAAAACAAUUAUUUACUUCUCACCUCUUUUAAAAAGACUCUUAAUCCUGUUAAGAAGGAAAUCGUCAUCAUAGUUGUUGACAAUUACUCCUCCAUCAUCAGACUUAAUACCUUCUUCCUUAGAAUGGUCUAACUCCAAGGAUUGAACUGUAUCUAAUCUGUGGUCUCUCAAGAAGAAGACAUCUAACAAGAGCACGAAAGACAAUACCAACGCAAUCAAACACAAGAUCUUUUGGGUUUUGGCCAUCGCUCUAACCAUAGCUGCUCUUUCAGGAGUUCCCCAAGUGUAGUUGAUAGCGAAAGUGAAGGGGUCCCCAUAAGCGGCAGCUGCUGUAACAUUUGUGAAACCAAUAGCUUCAAAUUCUUUGGCAAGAUUCUUGUACAUAGUAUUUGUCCAAGUAGCACCAGAUAUAGAAGAACCAAGAGCAGAACCAAUAUUGUAAGAUGCAAGAUAAAUAGAAAUAACCACAGCCAUGUAUUCAUGGUUAGUACAAGUGGAAAUGGAAACUUGGGUAGAGUAAGUGAAAAAACCAGCUCCAAAACCCAUUAAACACAAACCACCAAUAACACCAUUAAGUUGUGAUUGACUAGCAUCAGGGUCACCUCUCUUAGUGUAGAGAAUGGCAAAA